AUGAGAUCGACUCAUUUAGACCAUAUGAGACUGGCUGUGAAGCUAGCUAAAUACGCCCUGGAUCAUAAUGAAACACCGGUCGCCUGUGUUUUUGUAUAUGAACCCACCAAUGAAAUCAUAGCGUAUGGUAUGAACGAUACAAAUAAAUCACAUACAGGUAUUGCCCAUGCAGAAUUUAUGGGUAUAGAUCAAAUCCAGCAGAGAUUUGGUGCAGAGAAUCUGGUAGAGAUAUUGAAGGACACAGUUCUAUAUGUCACAGUCGAACCCUGCAUUAUGUGUGCGUCAGCUUUAAAACAAUUGGGAAUCAAGAGAGUAUGUUUUGGAUGUGGUAAUGAACGUUUCGGUGGUAAUGGUACUGUUCUUUCUAUUAAUAAAGAUCGCUCGACUAUAUCAUUAAAUGAGAAUAUAACUUAUGACGCUAUUCCUGGGAUUUAUCGCAAGGAGGCAAUAAUGUUAUUAAGAUAUUUUUAUGUGAGAGAGAAUGAUCAUGCACCUAAACCAAGAGCCAAAAAGGAAAGAAUCUUAGAUAAAGAAAGUUUUCCUCCAAUGAUUUGGUCUAUAUAUAUUGAUAGAGCCGUUUUUGCUCAGGAGUUUGGUCUAGAAAAUUUGAUACAUUAUGAUGAGAAUACCGAUCUUACAGAUGUUACUAACCAUGGGGUAGCUUGGGAAUUAAUAGAUGGUAAUUGUGAUGAUAUAUUAGACAGUUUGGAAACUCUUAGACAAAACUCUCAAAUUAACAGUCAUAAACGUGUUAAAAGUACGAAAUAA